AUGACCAGUCAGGAAGCCGAGACGAGUUUCAAGAGAUUUAGCGCACUCGACGCCCUGCUCUGGCCGGAGGCCAUCAACAACACAACUAUCAGCUACAUCGCCAGGGGCGAAUUUGGGCUUACCAGCGGCCAGAGCAUCAACCUCAACUUCAUAUUGGGCGACGAAAAAGGUCUCGAUGAUGUUAAGAUUAACAUGAGAGGUCUCGUGCGCUUCCUGAGCAGCAUGUCCAUACUCAAAGCCAAUAUGUGGUCGACCAUCAAGAUCAUUAUAAAGGACAACGAAGGAAACGAGAGGGCAUGCUGCGAAGUACCGAUAGAGAAGCUAAGACAAGCCGUCUUCCUCUUCUUCACCGACCUCCUCCGCGACAGCAUCUAUGCUCGUGAGCGCCAACAUUACACACCCAACAUACGCAUCAACGGCUUCGGCGCCAUCCUCAAAUGUAUUGAGAAACCGCACGAGUUUCGUUGCACAAGAGCAACCAAAUGGAAGUCCGACGUGAGCAGCAAUGCUGUGCGUGGCUUUUCGGGAGGCCAGAAGUUGAAACUUGCUUCGGUGGCUGAUGUCAUUCGGCGGCGCGCAGAGCUGAUGGACUUUGCGUGUCCGAUAGAUAGGCGCGACGAGUGCUUGAUACAUGCUUGGGACGAUUUGAGGCGGUGUGUGGAGGUCGGUUGGGGCAGUCUUGAUGAUGCGCUAAAGAAGAUGAGGCGUUGA